GAGGCUGCGAGCUGCAGGCAGUCCCCAACGCCCGCCACCAUGUGGAUGCUCGUGCCCCUGGCGUUUGCAGGCAAGCUGCUGAGCGCUUUCAGGAAGCCUCUGAGCUCUCUGUGGGGCAGCCUGGCGCUCCUGCUCCUCUGGCUGCGGGGCAGGACAGAGGCAGCCGGGAGCACAGGGCACGAGGACGAGGGCGACCCUCGGCCCCUCACUCCCACCAGCGUCAACUACCACUUCACCCGCCAGUGCAACUACAAGUGCGGCUUCUGCUUCCACACGGCCAAAACCUCCUUCGUGCUCCCGCUGCAGGAGGCCCGGCGGGGGCUGACGCUGCUCCGGGAGGCAGGCAUGGAGAAGAUAAACUUCUCAGGCGGAGAGCCAUUCAUCCAUGACCGGGGCGAGUACCUGGGCCAGCUGGUAAAGUUCUGCAAAGAGGAGCUGCACCUGCCCAGCGUGAGCAUCGUGAGCAACGGGAGCCUGAUCCGCGAGCGGUGGUUCAAGAAUUACGGUGACUACUUGGACAUUCUCGCCAUCUCCUGCGACAGCUUUGAUGAGCAAGUUAAUGUCCUUAUUGGCCGUGGUCAAGGCAAGAAGAACCAUGUGGAAAAUCUUCAGAAGCUGAGAACGUGGUGUAGAGAUUACAGAGUGGCCUUCAAGAUAAAUUCUGUCAUUAAUCGAUUCAAUGUGGAAGAGGACAUGAAGGAGCACAUCAGAGCCCUGAGCCCCGUCCGCUGGAAAGUCUUCCAGUGCCUCAUAAUUGAGGGCGAGAAUGCUGGAGAAGAUGCUCUGAGACAGGCAGAGCGGUUCGUUAUCAGUGAUGAGGAGUUUGAGAGAUUUCUGGACCGCCACAAAGAGGUGUCCUGCUUGGUGCCCGAGUCCAACCAGAAGAUGAAAGAUUCCUACCUUAUUCUGGAUGAAUAUAUGCGCUUCCUGAAUUGUAGAAACGGGCGGAAGGAUCCUUCCAAGUCCAUUUUGGAUGUUGGAGUACAAGAAGCUAUAAAAUUCAGCGGGUUUGAUGAAAAGAUGUUUCUGAAGCGAGGAGGAAAGUAUGCAUGGAGCAAGGCAGAUCUGAAGCUGGACUGGUAAAGCUGGGAGUGGAUCAAGCCUUCAGCCCACCUGGGGCGACUCUUCCUAAGACUCCAAGUGUCGUGGCCAUUGUGAGCAGUGAUUCCUAUGGGCAUUUCUCCAUGGCCCCAAAUCUGACUUCCUGUGACACAGCUAUCUGAUUAUCUGUGGUGACUGAACACAUCAAUAUCUUGGGUCAUUGAAAUCCAUAGAUAAUGCAAAAUAAUACCUUUAGUUAAUUAGCUUAUUUUGGAUUUAAUGUUUUUUGAGCAGUGUGCACUGUAACUCCUGCAUUUCCAUUUUGAAGUUAUUUUUCCAGUUCUUUUAUUUGAUACAGUUUUUUUUUCUGUUAAAUAUCAAGAUGCCGAUUUUCACAUCUGGAAAAAUUACUAAGUAUCUCACCUGAUUAUUUCUCCUCCUUGGUAUCCUCUUCCCUUUUCUGGCUUUACACCAUUGCAGUCUUGAAUUUUGUACCCAGAAGUUUAGAAAUAGUUGACAGUUGUUCCAAAAUGAUAAUCUUAUCAGUCUUCAAUAAGUGGCUAGAAGGAGAUAAUCAAUCUGCCCAUGCUUUGCACGCCCGGGGCCCACACUGACUAGUCCUGGACCAUCUGCUGUCUCUGUUGGUCACCUUUCUCUUCCAAGGUUCUUAGCAAAAUGAAGAUACACUUUGCAUUUCAUGAUGAAGCUGACAUGGAGUCAGGGCUUGGGUUGCUUUGUGAACCUAUUGCUCAAGCCGCAUGAAUCCAUCAAGCAACAAUAUGUGGGUUUAUUUAAAUAGGUGGCUGUCCCCAUGUCUCUGAAAAGUGACAGCUUAUUGGAUUGGCAUGAGUUGCUCUGGAAAAUCACCGGGCAGAUAAGAAAUGGAUGAAGACUCUAGAAUGUACCUGGAUUUUAUGUAAGUGAAGCCAUGUUACCAUAGAAUAUUUUUUAAUUAACUCUGAACCACUUGGAAUAAAAAUAUAAUCUAGGUCAAUAUGAGAAGAUACAGUAUCUUCCCUUUCUACACCCAGGAAAAGGGCUUGAGGGACAACGUCAUUGAAACUGGGUCAGGGAACAAAAUCCUCUCCUGUGGAACUAUCACGUGCAGCUUGUUUAUGUACCUUAGGCAGUAUCUCACUGCCGGGAAGAUAAUAAUCCCCUAUCACUGUUUCAAAAAAAGCAAAAUCAUGGAAAAUUUUUUGCCCAUGCAAAGAAAAAUGUUAAUCCAGCCGCCAUUCCAGAGUCGACCACUAGAUGGCAUUUCAGUGUUGCCUGAUUGCCCUGGGCGGCUGAAACGGCACUUCGUAAACUGUUUUCAAGGCCUGGUGAUUUUGAAAGUUUGGUUUUGUAAUAAUUUUUACUCAGAAAAGAUAUUCCUACUUCAAAUUGUGAGUCUCUUUAAUUCAACUGAAAUAUUUUUGUGUCCCAUUUUAAACAGAAUAGGUUGUCAUGAGUUUUCCAUUUUAUAUUGUUUUAUAGUUUUAUAGUUUAAAGAGAAAACUGAAUUAGAAAGCUUUUAUCCCAUAUGGGUUUUGAUAGUAUCUAAGAUAUAAUGACCUUAGUAUAAUCAAUACAAACAUAAAAGAGCUUUUUUACUUAAUAUGAAUGCACUUUGCUGAUCUUCACAUUAUUCAACUAGAGUCAGUUCCACAAACAAGAUCAUGUAUGUGAAAACACUGAAGGCGUUGCAUACAGCAGGUGCUCAGUCAUUAUUAUUUGAAGCAAAAUCUGAAUCUGAAGCUCAGCUCCUUCUGGGUUGGAAUGAAUUUCUCUCCAGCUGAAGAAAAAUACUUCUCUUUCCCCAAAGGGCAGUACAACACAAAACUGAAAGCUGCACUUGAGAAAUCAGCAUUUCUAGCUGUUAUUCUAGCUGCAUUUUCCAGCCGUUUUUACGUCACCAUUCCUCUUUCUUAUGUAAUUUCUGGAUUUGAACAUAAUAUUCAAAAUGUUUGAAUAGUUAUUUUUCUUAAGAGGGGGAUAGUAGGGACAUUUAGCAUUAGAGUAAAACUCAAAUUUAGUUUUUAUAUCACGUUGCUUUAUUUUUUCAGUUGUAAAUGAGUUUCAGUUUUGUGAAACAUAUUCCUUUUUUUAAAAAUGGUAAUUUAAUGGAGGUUAUCUCAAUUGAAGUUGAGCGUGUAUAGAAAAUCUCAGAUUUUAAGGAAAUAUAUAUAUUUAUAUAUUUGUCUCCAUAUGUAAUACUCUUGAAUAUUGGUCUGAUGUGUUGUAAGAUGUUUUCUAAUAUAUUAAAAUAUUUUUAGUGGAUA